AUGGCAGACCGACAUAGCGACUCGGUUAAGGAGAAACUCUCUCUUAGCCUUGACGAAAUCAUUGCACUUAAUAACAAGCAGCAGAAGCAGCAGCAGCAGCAGCAGAAGCAGCAGCAGAAGCAGCAGCAGCAGGACAGCCCGCAGCAAGGAGGCCCCCAACGACGCAGGAGGAAUAAUGCUGCUGCUGCUGUUGGUCCCUAUACACCUCGUGGAGGACCCUAUUCUUAUCAGCACAAUGGUGUGCCAGGUGUUGGGUACUCUGUCAAGGUUAUAGGCCUCCCCACCGGGAUUCCAUGGCCUCGUUUGGAGGGAAUGGUACGAAGAUCUUUUGGUCAUUGCGGCACCAUCAUAGGUGUUGUACCAAGAAGAGAUGGCGAAGCCUGGAUUCAAUUUUCCGACGUGUCUGCAUGCCGUGUUGCUCUGUCCGAUAUGCAAAAUGCAAAAGUUGGAGGAAAUCAAAUUACUGUUGAAAGAGUAAGUUCAGGUGUAUAG